AUGUCACAAUCUACACCGCCAAGACCUCAACGUGCACAGCCCCAGCAACAAGGUGCUAGAGUUCGCCGACCCACUGCUACACCAAAUCGCAAACCGGGUGCUAAAACACAAACUCCGAGUGAAGAACCACCCUCUUCUUCUUCUUCUAGCACAUCCUCAAGUGAUCAUGAACUCGAGGAAGCACAGGAGUCGGGUCCUUCUCAAGUGCCUACAGUGGCUGCCCCUCUGGCAGGCUUGAAUGCACAGAAAACAACUUCAGUUCAACCCUCUGCUGAAGCCUCCAGCCAUUCAAAUUCAAAAGAAACUGAAGCAAUUCAGAUUGAAUCGGCAUCGCCUUCAGGAAAUGAAAAUGUAAAGACUCCCCCCGUGCAAGAGACAGUCAUGGAUGAAGUCAUUCGGGAUACAGGUGGCAGGUUGAGGAAAACCCGUUCUGCAGCAAAUCGUGAGUCUGCUUCCUCCCCAACUUAAUUUGCAAUAUGUGUAAGUAGUGGGACAAUAGGUGCACAAACAGAUUGGAUUGUUGAUGUUAUGUACAUUUGUCGUUUUCUAUUCUGUUAGUUGCUGUGUCCAUGAUUUUUUUAUUUUA